AUGGCACAGAACUAUACAGCCGUCCAUGGGUUGAUGCAGCUUCUUUAUGCAUGUAAUAAUCAACCUGCUGAAGGAACAGGUAUCCAGAUUCUUGUUGACCAAGCACAUAACUUAUUGGGAACUCAAAUUCCAAAAGUAAUGAUUGAUUACACCAAUGACGUUCAAAUAAAUCUUUUUGGAGACUAUCCCGCUGAAAAAGAUGUAAUUCCAUCGGCAAUCUUUGCAGCCGUUUUUGGAUUAUUUAUGUUUGCUCAUUUAUUUGUAUUUUUGGUGAACCUCCUGAGAGGUCAUCAUUUCUGGUUGUCCUUUGCUUGGAUUUUUUAUAACUUUAUGAAGGUCAUCGGUUGGAUAUUUAGAGUUAUAUGGGCCAAAGACAUCACCAAGGUGAGAAUCGGUAUUUCUGGGUCGGUCUUUUUGAUCAUGUCAACCAUUAUUUUGGUUUCAUUUAAUUUAAUCCUUGCUCAGAGAAUUUUCACAUGGAGACAUCCAGUCGGUGGUUCUAGAAAACUUUUCUGGAAUACUAUGUUUGUUUUCUAUGGAUUUGUGGCGGGUAUUGUUAUUAUGACCAUUCUUGCAUCUGCUGUUCCUUACCUUUAUUUUUUGAGUGAUAGAGUUUUCAAGCAAUGGGUCACUUGUGUCAAAGCAUCGUCCAUUUUGAUUGUUUUGUAUUGUUUGACCAGCUUGAGUCUUAUUGGGUUGGCUUAUAUGUUCAAGCCAACCAGAAAAGAUGAAAAUUUGUAUACGUAUCAACCAUGGUGGAUUAAAAGUUUCAGUCCAACGUACUACGUUGAGCAUGGAGCAGCAGAACGAGCAGCGGAGACAUUUAUGAAAAGAACUAGUAACCAUAGACAUGCUGUAAGGGUUAUUGCUGCCACCCACCAUCACCAUAAUAUGGUUGAAGGGUUAACCAAUGAAAGAGGUGACUUGAAACAUAAUGGUUCAUUGGCAAUUUUGACAUUGACUACUAUUUUCAUCCUUGUAGGUGCAAUUGGUAGAUCAAUUGCUGUUUUCCAAGCUAAGCCAAGGUACGCACAAAGUCAAGUUUGUAAUCCAAUUUUUAUGUAUAUCUGCUGGGGAUUUUUAGAAGCUAUGGUAAAUGUAUUAUACCUCGUUGGAAGAGUUGACUUGAGAUUUUACAGACCAGAUCGUCUUCCAAAGAAGGUCAGGGCAAUUAUCACAGCUCAACAAUCCGUUGAUGUGUCAGAUAUUGAAGAUAGUGAUGAUGAAUAUAUUGGAUCUUCUGAUAGUGAAACAAAUGUUAACUACGGCACACCAGAGAAACCCGGGUUGCAUGACGAUGAUGAUAGUGAAUUUAGAUUCUAG